CUCCUGUGGUAUUGUAGUUGCGGUAGUUCUAUCACGACCACGACUGCAAACAACCACGACUCUCAGACAGUCAGGCUCUCAGACUCCAGACUCUCUCAGACUCUCUCAUCCAGACUCCAUCCAGACUCCAGCGCGACUGACGACGGGCCCGUUCCCCGUCGCUGAUGAAAUUAUUGCCCUCUGCUCGGCCUCACUCCGCGUCGCCCUUUAGGCAAAAAGCCGGGGGAUCCACUGGCGUGCGGCGUUGCCAGACCCCAGACACUCACAUCGCGCGCUGUGGUUGGUUUGGCGGCCUUAUUCGGUGGUUCCAUUUCCCCACUCAGGUCCACACGCCUGCUCCAUACUACACGCCGCUGUCGAGUGUCGACCUGCGCCGGCCGUCGCUCUCUCUGGAAUCUCUGGGAUGCGUGCUGCGUGGAAACUCGCAUCUCAAGUUCUCAACUCCUUUCACAUCCGCCGCUUCAACCACCACCACCACACCCCCCCCUCCCCUCCCCCACGACGACCUCAAGGCUCAACGACCCUCGCGCUCGCUCUCGCGCUCGACCUCGACCUCGACGGCACGCCGAAUUCUGUCAAAUCGACCCAGCGGAUCACGGCCAUGCGCAGAGCCCUGGAUUGACUGCUCGCCGUUCCCUCGCCGUUCCCCACCUCCACCUUUCCGACCACAUACCACAAUUCAUCCGUCUGUCUGUCUGUCUGUCUGCACGUCGUCGCUACUUGCGCAGACCUCACCUCACCUCACCUCACCUCCCCUCCUCGACCUCUCGCCCUGGGCACGCUGCCACCGCCCUCAAUUCGCCCUGGUCCUGGCCAUAAAUCUCGAAUCCCACGAUGCAUGAGGCUCGCCCGUGCCACGACGUCUUCUCACUCAUCCGCGCCGUCUGCGCAUCCCCGGCGACCCUGUGAAGUGUGUCGUCCCG